UGUUAGUAAACAAAACAGUGCUCCUCCCUGUCAGCUUCAUCACACUGCUUUGCAUGACUGUCCACAGCACGGCCAUGCAGAGCAGUGUGCUUACAGUGAAGCACAAAAACAGAACAUCGUCACACACAGUAAAACAGCACACAGUUAACCCUUUGAUCACCCCACAUGUUAACCCCUUCCUGACCAGUGCCAUUAGUACAAUGUUAGUGCUUUUUAUUAGCAUUGAUCACUGUAUUGGUGUCACUGGAUGUCAGUGACACCAAGUGUGUUCCCCCCAGUGUCAGAAUGCCCACUGCAGUCCCACUAUAA